AAGCCGAAAGUUUCAUGAUUUAUUAUGCAAAAAACUUUUUAUAAUAUUCAGGAUAAUAUUAAAAAGGUUACAUUUAUAUGUAUUAAAGGUACGCCGAUACUAUAUUCAGAUAUGAUCAUCGCUCUGCUUUGAAUCAUCGCUUUCUAACAAAUGAAAGUCACCAACAAAGAAAUUGAAAAUAUAGAAUAUUUUGAACGCUUCUCGAUUUUAAUUUUCUAAAGAGAAACUAAAAGUUUUAUUUUACAAAAUCUUUGCUUUUGAUAAGAUUAACUUAUACGAGGUAUUAUGACACAUAACUGAUACCAGAUCAGUACAUAAAAUCGACUGAGUGACUUUAGUGAGAAUAGAACGAAUGUUCCAACUAAAGUAAAAAAUUGCAUAAUUGUAAAAAAAGUAACUAUUCUAGUAUCUGUCGGUAUAAGCGCUAUGACAAAAAAAAAGGUCGUUUGCUACUAUGGUAGCUGGGCUGCUUAUCGUCCUGACAAGGGAAAAUGCGAGGUCUCUGAUAUCGACCCGACACUAUGUACACACCUCAUCUACGCCUUUACCGGUAUCACCGCCGACGGCGAUGUCCGUGUGGUAGAUAAUUGGUUGGAUCUACCUGAUGGCAAAGAUGGCUUUGGGAAAUUUACCAGACUCCGUCAGUCGAGUCCAAACACAAAAAUCAUGGUCGCGAUGGGUGGUUGGAACGAGUCCUCCAGCACGUUCUCGCAAGUUGCUAGUAAUCCUGCAACCCGUGCUAAAUUCGUUCGGAACGUGGUCAAGUUCCUGAAGCAAUAUAACUUCGAUGGUUUCGACCUUGACUGGGAAUAUCCGAACCAGCGAGGUGGUCAAGCGGCCGACAAGCAGAACUUCGUCGCUUUGCUGAGGGAAUUGAGACAAGAGUUCGACAAGCAUGGCUUCCUUCUUAGCAUAGCGAGCGCAGCAGCCCAGUCAUCGGCUGCUAAAUCGUACAUAAUUUCACAAGUAGCUCAAUACGUUCAUUUCAUUAAUCUGAUGACGUACGACUUCAAUGGGUCAUGGAACAGACAUACGGGACUGAACGCACCUUUGUACUCGUCUUCAAAAGACUGUGCGGAUGCGGCUGUCUGUUACUGGCUCUCCCAAGGCGCGCCCGCUGACAAGAUCAUCCUUGGUAUUCCCGCUUACGGAAGAUCCUUCACCUUAUCGAAUCCCAGCAAUACAGAUAUAGGUGCUCCAGCAAGAGGUGCUGGAACGGCUGGACCCUACACAAGAGAGGCAGGAAUGCUUGGUUAUAACGAAAUCUGCGAGUAUAUUAAAAAGGGCUGGAUCGUUAGGCGUUCCGAUGCAGAUAAAACACCUUACGCUUUUAACAGCGACCAGUGGGUCGGAUACGAUGACGUUAUCUCUGUUCGCAAAAAGGCUACGUACAUUAACAUUAAAGGCCUUGGGGGUGCUAUGUUAUGGAGCAUCGAUACCGAUGACUUCAGUGGAAGUUGCGGACCGAGAUAUCCUUUGUUGAGAACUGUGAAUAGUGUUUUAAAUGGAUGAAGUUCGGAUUUAAUAUCUGUGUACCCGUCUAUACAUUCAUUUUAUUUGUUAUAUAUAAACUAAUUAUUAGUAUGUAUUAUUGUAUUGUAACUGUAUAUUAAAACUUUUAUGUUUGUUAAUUUCUGAAAUGUAUUUUUAUCUUCGUGUAUUGCGUUGAACUGC